ACUUUUGUCAUCCAAAUGUAAGAGGACACCGCUUCCUGGUGUGGACCCUGAUGGACCGGCUGAUGAGCCACAGAAGGUCGAGGUGAUCGAGUCCUCACUGUGAUCAGCUCCUCGACUCUCCGCGUCACCGGGGUCUGAGAUUCGUUUUUACUUACUUCUUUCUAUGAUCAAAAACUAGAGGGAAACAGCUGAGAAGUACAGCAGGAAAAGAGACGCCAUCAGGUGGAGGAAUGUCAGCUGUAAACAAAUCCAUGGAAGAUGGAGUCACCUUCUCCACAAAGGUCAUCAAGAUUGUGUUUGUCAUCCUGCUGCUGGACCUGCUGGGAUUUACUCUGAUUCUACCUCUGCUGCCUUCCAUUUUGGAUCAUUAUGCAGAAACCGGGGAUGGCGCGUAUCAGUCUCUUCAGUCGGUUGUGGACUGGUUCAGGGAGGUUGUUGGGAUUCCUAUGGAAAAGAAAUACAACAGCGUCCUGUUUGGAGGUCUGAUUGGCUCGCUGUUUUCUCUGCUGCAGUUCCUGACAUCACCUGUAACCGGGGCUCUGUCAGACUGCCACGGCAGGCGACCAAUGCUCAUGCUCACUACAUUAGGGCUGAUGUCCUCCUAUGCAGUCUGGGCUGUUUCCCAGAGCUUCAGCAUGUUCCUUUUGUUUCGGGUAAUUGGGGGCAUUUGUAAGGGCAACGUCAGCCUCUGCACUGCCAUCAUAGCCGACCUGCCUUGCCCGAAAGCGCGGAACCGAGGAAUGGCCAUGAUCGGCAUUGCCUUCUCCCUGGGCUUCACCGUGGGGCCUCUGAUGGGCGCCUACUUUGCUAUCAGCUCCAGAGCAACAGGAAAUGUCUUCUACCUCACUCCAGCUCUGCUCGCCUUGGCCUUCAGCACUGCCGAUCUGCUCUUUAUUUGGCUGAUGCUGCCUGAAACAUUAACAAAGGACGUCAAGGCUUCGUCUUCAGGCUGUGGGGACUGCAGGGACCUGCUGCACCCGUUGUCCUUGUUCUAUUUUGCACCUGUUACCAAGAAAAAAGACGGACUUUCAAGAAACAGAACGAAGAGCCUUCAAGUGUUGGGGCUGGUUUAUUUCUGCUACCUCUUCCUGUUCUCUGGUCUGGAGUUCACCUUAAGUUUUCUUACGCAUCAGCGCUUCCAGUUUACAAGCAUGCAGCAAGGAAAGAUGUUCUUCUUUAUUGGUGUCAUCAUGGCUUUAAUCCAGGGGGGUUAUGCUCGGAGGAUAAAACCUGGGGACCACAUCAGGGCUGUUCGUAUGGCAAUGGUAACAUUGAUUCCAGCCUUCAUACUCAUUGGGCUAUCGUGGAAUAUAACAAUGCUGUACGCUGGGCUGUCUUUGUACUCCUUUGCGGCUGCCAUAGUUGUUCCCUGCCUGUCGACCCUAGUUUCUGACCACGGCUCAGCCAGUCAGAAGGGCACUGUGAUGGGGAUCCUGCGUAGUUUGGGCGCCCUGGCCAGAGCACUGGGGCCAGUUGUGUCAUCCUCAGUGUACUGGAUUGCCGGAGCACAGACAUGUUUUCUUAUCACAUCGGCCUCCUUUGUCGUGCCCUUAGCUCUCCUGGGCGUAGCCAGGAGGCUAAAAGAGGAAUGAUCAGCUUAAAGGCUUUAAGAGACUUGUAUGAUGUUGUCUGCAUUAAUGCAAUGAUGUUUACAUCUUCUGGGAGAGCAAGCACUAAGUUCACAAUAAUAGGAUGUUUACUUUUCUGCAGUGUUGGCCAAAGAUCAAAACAUGGAACACAAUAAUGUGAAAAAAAUGAUACCAAAAACAGAGGGAGUUUAUUGUUUAUGAAUGAACAUAUUGUUGUUUGUGUGCUUAUGUAGACCUGUGUGUAUUGUAGACUGGGUGGGUUAGGGUGAAUUACAUAUAACAUAUAUGCUCAUGUACAUAGAUAAAAUUUUAUAAUGCAGUAUUUUAUCAAUCACAGAGUUUUUCUAUUUUGGAAAGUAUACUUUUACAUUAGCUCACUUUAAAAUCUUUGAUGUUCUCUUUUUUUGCUACUAAGAAUGAAACAUCAGUCCAUGGCAAUGAAUAAUUAUCUCACCUAGAAGUAAUUAAUAAAACUGUACAAAAAUCAGUGUGAACUACACAUUAAACACUAUUGUCAAAUACAGCUUUGAUCAAGAUAUUUGUACUUUGGCAUUUGAAGCUGACUCUACUUUAUACUUUUACUGCACACAUUUUACUUCACAACAUGUCUCUGAAAGAGUUUUAAAGAUUACUUAGCAUAUGUAACCUUUAAAACU